AUGGCGGGCUGGUUUAGCUCUACCUCUCCGUUCGAUGAACAGGUAGAAAAGGCAACUUCCUCCUCCUUAGAGGAUAUUGCAGCAAACCUGGAAAUUUCAGAUAUCAUUCGCUCAAAACGUGUACAGCCCAGAGAUGCUAUGCGAUCGCUGAAAAGAAGGUUGGAGAGCAGGAACCCGAAUAUACAGCUAGCUACUCUAAAGUUGACGGAUACAUGUGUCAAAAAUGGAGGGAAACAUUUUCUCGCGGAAAUCGCCUCCCGCGAAUUCAUGGAUAAUCUCGUUUCGUUGCUUAGAGCUUCCGGACCUGCGACUCUCAAUGGCGAAGUGAAGAUGAAAAUACUAGAGGUCAUUCAGACAUGGGCGUUGGCGACUCAAACACGAAGUGACUUAUCGUACAUUGGAGAAACCUAUCGGGGUCUGCAGAGGGAAGGUUAUCAGUUUCCACCGAAAACUGACAUUGCAAGCAGCAUGCUUGACAGCAGCGCUCCUCCCGAAUGGAUAGAUUCGGAUGUCUGUAUGCGAUGUCGAACUGCUUUUACAUUCACGAAUCGGAAACAUCACUGCAGGAACUGCGGUAAUGUCUUUGAUGCGCAAUGUUCAAGCAAAACCAUUCCCCUUCCCCAUCUGGGUAUCAUGCAGGCUGUAAGAGUCGAUGACGGAUGCUACGCCAAAUUAACAUCUAAAUCUUUCAACCCCUCGAAUUCAUCAAACCAAUCCGGGAAUCAUAAAUCUGGCUCCAGCUUCAGGCCCACUGCUCCUCCAAUGGAACCCCGUAGUGCCAGAGCUGAGUCAGACUUUGAUGAGGACCUCAAGCGUGCACUUCAGAUGAGCCUUGAGGACGUAAAGGCUCAUGAUGGCGUUGGAUAUGUUCCCCAACCCAAGCCCGCUGUAGCGGAGCCAAAAAUGGCUGGAUCGAACGGUGUUUCUAAAGACGAAGAUGAGGAUCAAGAUCUGCGAGCUGCCAUCGAGGCGUCAUUGAGGGACAUGGAAGAACAGAAGGAAAAACACGCAGCAGCGUUAAAGAGCACGACCGCUGCAAAUUCAUCCACACCUGCAGUCACAGCUGCUCUCAUGCCAAAGAAAGACUAUGAGCUUAGCGCAGUGGAAGCGGAAAAUAUUAAUUUAUUCGCGACGCUUGUUGAUCGGUUGCAACACCAGCCACCAGGUACGAUCCUUCGAGAACCACAAAUUCAGGAACUGUAUGAAAGCAUAGGCGCUCUAAGACCGAAAUUGGCACGCACUUAUGGGGAAACAAUGAGUAAACACGAUACCCUUCUUGAUCUUCAUGCCAAGUUAUCAACGGUUGUACGGUACUACGAUCGCAUGCUCGAGGACCGUUUAUCCAACACAUACGCACAACAUACCCUAGGCGCUUACAAGUAUCUACCACCUAGCCAGCCUGCUUCAACGGCAUAUCCAUCCAUCUCACCAAAUCUUACCGAUGCCAGGGGGGGUGCGGAGAACUUUUACUUUGGUUCAGCGCCUAUAGAAAAAGCCGUUCCUCUUAGCCAGUAUCGUCCUCCUGAGCGUCAAUCGUCAGUGAGCUCCGGGUAUGAUCCGCGUUCUGGUGCUCCUCACUCACAAAUAACGCCUUUUAAUCCCCCGCAAAAUGAUCGAUGGGACCGUCAAAACGAAUACCAACCGUACACCUCUCCGCCACCUACAAAUCCUGUAGUUCAAUACCAGAACCAUUCCAUGCCUCAGGGACACCCUGUACCGCCUGGACAAGCUGAAAUUAGCGGCCAACCUGGGCCCACUGGUUACUAUUUCGCACAACCGGUCACUAUUCCGGUCGGCCAGGAGCCCCCAACAGCUCCAGGGCAAUACGUUCCUGGAUCCGGUCACCCGUAUCAACCCUCAUCUCCCAUAAUGCGAAAAGACUCUCAAUUCCAGCCAUCGCAAACAGUCCCACUAGCGAAUCCGCCACACCAAAGCCUCCCCCCGUCACAGGAUGUCCCUCCCCCCGCACAAUUCCAUCCUCAGCUCCAAGCAACCCAGUCCCAGCCCCAGUCCCAGUCCUAUGAAACUCCUACGCAAAGCAUAGCUCAAUUGCCCAAUCCCUACAUUACUUGGCCCCAACCUGAACUGGGAACGAAUCCGCAAUACAUGCCACCGGUUGCAAAUGAAUCGUAUAUCACCACUGCCCCCGUGUCUACAGAUGGAGACCCGUCAUACCUAUCCCAACAGCCGCCGCAGCAGAUGCAACAGCAACAGCAGCAAGUUACCCCAAAGCCGGUUGAAGAGCCCAGAUUGAUUGACCUGUGA